AUGACAGGGACAAAAAGAAGAAGAAGGGCAUUCUGGAGGAAGAUCCAUGCUGUUCGCUUUGAAGAUAUCAAACUGUGGUGUAUAAGAAGGCUGCCCAUUUUGAAAUGGAUGCUUAUCUACAAUUGGAAGGAAAAUUUGAUUCCUGAUACAGUUUCUGGGGUGAUGCUAGCCAUUCAACAGGUGACCCAAGGACUGGCCUUUGCUGUUCUGUCUUCAGUUCAUCCAGUUUUUGGUUUAUAUGGCUCUUUCUUUCCUGUCAUUAUUUAUGCCAUAUUUGGAAUGGGACGCCAUGUUGCAACAGGAACUUUUGCUUUAACUUCCUUAAUAUCUGCCAAUGCAGUUGAACGUCUUGUUCCUUCAAUCAGCACUAAUUUCACUGCAAACAAUAAUUCAGGAGCCUUGGGACUAUCAGAGUUUGAAAUGCAGAGGAUUGGAGUUGCUGCAGCAGUUUCAUUUUUAGGGGGACUCAUUCAGGUGGCGAUGUUUCUGCUGCACCUGGGCAGUGCCACUUUCUUGUUAACAGAACCAGUGAUAAGCGCAAUGACAACUGGAGCAGCUACACAUGUUGUGACUUCACAAGUGAAGUAUCUACUGGGAAUGAAAAUGCCGUACAUAUCAGGACCACUGGGAUUUUUUCAUAUUUAUGCCUACGUAUUUGAGAAUAUCAGAUCAGUUCAAGUAGAGGCUUUACUUCUGUCCCUGCUGAGCAUUGUGGUGCUUGUUCUUGUUAAAGAAUUGAAUGAGAAAUUUAAAAGAAACGUUAAAGUUGUUCUUCCCAUCGAUCUGGUUUUGAUAAUUGCUACCUCCAUUGCCUGCUACUAUGCUGAUAUGGAAUACGUCUAUGGGCUAGAAGUUGUGGGACACAUUCCUGAAGGGAUACCGUCACCAAGGGCACCACCCAUGAACGUCCUGCCUCAAGUAGUCACAGAAGCUUUUGGAGUAGCUCUGGUUGGUUAUGUAGCAUCACUAGCUCUAGCCCAAGGCUCUGCUAAGAAGUUCAAGUACUGUGUGGAUGACAACCAGGAGCUUUUGGCUCAUGGUCUCAGCAACGUGAUUCCUUCAUUUUUCUUUUGCAUACCAAGUGCUGCAGCGAUGGGACGUACGGCGCUUUUAUAUAGUACGGGCGCCAGAACACAGGUGGCUUGCCUUAUCUCUUGUGCAUUAAUUCUUGUAGUGAUCUAUGCAAUUGGACCAAUGCUAUAUUGGCUGCCUAUGUGUGUUUUAGCAAGCAUUAUUGUUGUGGGCUUGAAGGGGAUGCUGAUGCAGUUCCGUGACUUAAAAAAAUAUUGGAAUGUGGAUAAAAUAGACUGGAGCAUAUGGGUUAGUACCUAUGUGUUUACAAUAUGCUUUGCUGCGAAUGUGGGACUGUUGUAUGGAGUUGUCUGCACAAUAGUAAUUGUGAUUUUCCGCUUUCCCAGAGCAAAGACAGUGAAUUUGAAAAAUAUGAAAGAGGUGGAAUAUAAAUACAAAACAGAAGAUAACUGUGAAUCAUUAAAACACAUAAAGAUAAUUUCAGUCAACAACCCAUUAGUCUUUCUGAAUGCCAGGAAAUUUCAUGCUGACUUGAUAAAAAUAAUCCAGAAGGAUAGCACAAGCACCCAGGCAUAUGAAGAUGUAAACAAGUGUGAGCAGAACACAUUGCUCUGUUCAUUUUCCAAUGGAAGUUGUCGUGGUGAGUCCUUGUUGCAGCCAUGCUGCAGGGAGCGACAUGCUUUGAUACUAGACUGCAGUGGACUGAAUUUCUUUGACUAUACUGGAGUUUCAGUGUUGCUUCAGAUUUACAUGGAUUGUAAAAACAGACACAUUGAUGUGUUGCUAGCACACUGCAAAGCUUCCUUGAUAAAAGCGAUGCAGUACGGCGGAAACCUUGAAUCUGAAAAUGCCAUCUUCUUCGAAUCUAUUUCUUCUGCAAUUGACUCCAUUCAAAUUAACAGGAAUUACAGCAAAUUCAGUGAACAAAGUGAAGUGUGA